AUGGAAAAAUGUAAUUCAUUUGUAUCAGGAAGUUAGGAUAAAUCUUUAAGAAUUUGGAAAUGGAAUAUGGAUUCUAAUAAAUAUAUAUGUACUUAAAUUUUGAAUGGGAAGAUGGAAUAGUAAUUUGUUACUAUUAAUAAGAAUGAAGAUUAAAUUGUAAUAGGUGGAGAGAAUCAAGUUUCUUUUUGGAAAUUGACUAAUUUAUAAUGGUCAAAUUUUUAAAUAUUAAAUUUUGGUAAUUAUUACAUUUUAGGUCUAAAUUUGAGUCCAUCCUAAUAAAAAUUAGUUACUUGUUUAAAUAAUAACAAAAUAAUUAUUAUUUAAUAAUAAAUCAAAAAUACUUAAACAAUUUGGGAGGUUUAGUCUGAAAUUUAUGUAACUAAUUAUGGAUAUUCUUUAUUUUUUCGUAAUGAUGAUCUCAUAGCUUUCUAACCUAUUGAUAAAUCGUAGAUUAUUAUAUUUUAAUUGGAUUGUAAUGGUAUAUUUUAAUUUAAAACAAAAAUAAACUUUAAUGAGGAUGAUCGUUUUUGCUAAAUUGAAUUUCCGUUCUUUUAUAAUGAAAACAAAAAUAUUUUUGUUGUUAAAGUUAGAUAUAGUGUGUAUUUUGUUGUUAUUUAAGACAAUUUAUAAUUAUAAUUGUAUCAAAAAACAUCAUUUAGUAAUUAUAAUAUAUUAGGAGUGAUGAGUAAAAAUGGAUAAUAAUUCAUUUCAUGGGAUUAUGGUAACAAAUUAUUACAAAUUCGACAAUUUUAAAGUUAUUGUUUUUAACCUGAAAAAAUUUGA